GGGAGGAGUGAGGCACUGCUGUUUCCUCCGCAGACGGGUGUUAGCUCUAUCUGCUGUCCAGGGUUCAGCCCCGCUGCUGAAACACGAUCCUUAAACCAGAAAGCACAGAUGCAGACUAGCUCCUUUUAAAGAGCAUAACCUUCAGUAGCAGAACAAAUCAGGCCAGUCAGCAAGCUGCCAAGUGCUGUGGGCUCCUUGUCAAGGAGAACAGCUGGACCCAUUUCUAAUCAACGUUCAACACACCAACUUUGGAUUGCUGAAGGAGACCAGGCCAGACUUUGAAACUUUCCAAAGACUUCCAAUAGCCCCUGAAUGCAAAAGACAAAGGGUGUCACUUUCACCCAAGAAAUCUACAUUUAAACCUCUGUACCUAGCAUGGAUGAUGGUUAUUGAAACAGCCCAAACCUCUGUCACAGUGAAAGGAAUAUAGCUCAAGAGGCAAGCAGGCAGUCCCAGAACUGAGGAAUGGAUGACUACAAAUAUCAGGACAACUAUGAGGGCUAUGCCCCCACUGAUGGCUACUAUCGUGGCAAUGAGUCCAAUCCAGACGAGGAUGCCCAGAGCGACGUUACGGAAGGCCACGAUGAGGAAGACGAGAUCUACGAAGGCGAGUACCAGGGCAUCCCUCACCCGGAUGACGUCAAGGCCAAGCAGGCCAAGACGGCGCCCUCCAGGGCAGAUGGUCUUCGGGGCCAGGCAGACCUGCUGGCCGAGCGGAUGGAAGACGAGGAGCAGCUGGCGCACCAGUACGAGACCAUCAUUGAUGAGUGUGGCCAUGGACGCUUCCAGUGGACCCUCUUUUUUGUUUUGGGUUUGGCCCUGAUGGCUGACGGGGUGGAAGUGUUCGUGGUGAGUUUUGCCCUGCCCAGUGCCGAGAAGGACAUGUGUCUCUCUAGUUCCAAGAAAGGAAUGCUUGGGCUGAUAGUCUACCUAGGAAUGAUGGGGGGAGCCUUUGUCCUGGGGGGCCUGGCUGAUAAGCUGGGGAGGAAGCGAGUCCUCAGCAUCUCCCUGGCCAUCAACGCUUCCUUUGCCUCCCUCUCCUCCUUCGUACAGGGAUAUGGAGCUUUCCUCUUCUGCAGACUCAUCUCAGGCAUAGGUAUUGGGGGUGCUCUGCCCAUCGUGUUUGCCUAUUUUUCUGAAUUCUUGUCCCGGGAAAAGCGAGGAGAGCAUCUCAGUUGGCUGGGCAUCUUCUGGAUGACUGGUGGCAUCUACGCAUCUGCCAUGGCCUGGAGCAUCAUCCCGCACUACGGCUGGGGCUUCAGCAUGGGCAGCAACUACCACUUCCACAGCUGGAGAGUGUUUGUCAUCGUCUGCGCUCUGCCCUGCACCGUGUCCAUGGUGGCCCUGAAGUUCAUGCCAGAGAGCCCGCGGUUUCUGCUGGAGAUGGGCAAACACGACGAAGCCUGGAUGAUUCUCAAGCACGUCCACGACACCAACAUGAGGGCCAAGGGGGCCCCGGAGAAGGUGUUCACGGUUUCCAACAUUAAAACUCCCAAGCAAAUGGAUGAAUUCAUUGAGAUCCAGAGUUCAACAGGAACUUGGUACCAGCGCUGGUUAGUCAGAUUCAAGACCACUUUCAAGCAGGUCUGGGAAAAUGCUCUAUACUGUGUGAUGGGGCCCUACAGGAUGAACACGCUGAUUCUGGCUGUGGUCUGGUUUACCAUGGCUUUAAGCUACUAUGGGCUGACAGUUUGGUUCCCUGACAUGAUCCGGUAUUUUCAAGAUGAAGCAUACAAGUCCAAAAUGAAGGUGUUUCACGACGAGCACGUGUACGGUGUCACAAUCAACUUCACGAUGGAAAAUCAGAUUCACCAGCACGGGAAACUUGUGAAUGACAAGUUCACAAAGAUGUACUUUAAACAUGUACUCUUUGAGGACACGUUAUUUGAUGAGUGCUAUUUUGAGGAUGUUACAUCGACUGAUACCUAUUUCAAAAACUGCACCAUUGAAUCGACCAUCUUUUAUAACACAGACCUCUAUCAACAUAAGUUCAUCAACUGUCAUUUUAUCAACGUUACCUUUCUGGAGCAGAAGGAGGGCUGCCACAUGGACUUAGAGCAGGACAACGACUUCCUGACUUACCUCGUCAGCUUCCUUGGCAGUCUGUCUGUUUUGCCGGGGAACAUCAUUUCUGCCCUGCUCAUGGACAGAGUAGGAAGGCUCAAGAUGAUUGGUGGCUCCAUGCUCAUCUCGGCCGUCUGCUGCUUCUUCCUGUUUUUCGGCAACAGCGAGUCUGCAAUGAUCGGCUGGCAGUGCCUGUUCUGUGGGACCAGCAUUGCUGCCUGGAACGCGCUGGAUGUGAUCACAGUGGAGCUGUAUCCCACCAACCAGAGGGCAACAGCUUUUGGCAUCCUCAACGGAUUAUGCAAAUUUGGCGCCAUCCUGGGAAACACCAUCUUCGCUUCUUUCGUUGGGAUCACCAAAGUGGUCCCCAUCCUUCUGGCGGCCACUUCUCUCGUUGGGGGUGGCCUGAUUGCUCUUCGACUGCCAGAGACUCGAGAACAGGUCCUGAUGUGAACCACCUACUGGGGAAAGGAAAUGUUGGAAGAACCUCGUCUGGGAACCUCAACUGUGCCCACACUUCCUGUCUGUCACUGUCCAGCAGACACCUGGAUAGCGCAGGAGGAAAAGUUGAAUUUGUAACCCCUAGUUUAGCACCCAUUUCAGCUGUCUAUAUGUUUGUAACUCAGGUGACUGAUUCAGGGGUUUCCUGAGCUGUCCUCCCGUAGAAUCCCAGAACUCCAUGCUUGGCUUCUAGUGUCCCCAGCCCAAAGCGGAGAACACCCUCGAGCGGGAGGACAGACUAAGCGAGGGGUGUAUAUUUCUGCAAGUGAGGUACAAGGACUGUCUUGCAUUUCAAAAUGAACUUGAGAAACACGCAAGUUCCUCCGUAAAGUUCCUCGGAGCCCAAGGACUUAACAAAUUGACUUGGUGGGGAAGUUGAGUCAUCAUCUGAAUACUGAAGUACAUACGAUACAUAUAUUUUUGCAGUUAAAGUGUCACUCCUCAUAGAUUCCAUUUGAAAAUUGGCACAGUAGCAUUGAAGAUACUCUAAUAUAGGAAACCAAAUAUUUGAGCAAUAUCUGUAGAAAUCUAUGUUACCCCCUCCAAGAGUCCUCUAAGUUUUCCAUGAUGAUUAGGGGGUAAAUUGAAGAAUAAUAUUUAUUCCUAUUUUGAGUCAAAAACACUUAAGGGGAUAGGCAUUCUGUAAACUAACUUUGUACAUAAUUGUCUUUGGGUUUCAUUUGCAGAAAUGGUGUCUGCAAGUAUUUGCCAGCAUUUAGCCAUAUUUGGAGAGGAGUUGGUGUUUGAGGUCCCAGGAAAUUGGGGCUGAUGGAGUGAAGUGGAAGCAGAACUUCUUAUAGCCAUUUAACGUGCUGGCAGGAGGAUGCACUUCACGAACUCACGUUGCACUGUUCAUUUCAUUCAGGCUCUUUUCUUCUUGUGGGGGAGAAGUUGUUUCCUCUCUUACACAGACCGCUGGUUAAACGCAAGCUCACCAUCAUCCAUCCUAGCAUUUGAUGUGCCUGCUCACCCGGAAGCGACAUGGGAAGUGUUCCGUGGCUUCUGCCAUCUUCUUUGUAGGCAAGAAUAAGACACGGUGGACAGC